GGCGGGGCUGGCUUUGACAGAGCGGCAGCCCCGCGCGCCGGGGAUGCACAGGCGCAGCCGGCGCCGUGAGCGGAGGAUGUGAGAGGAGCCGGCGAGAGCACCGGUGCUCGUCGGCCGGACCCCGACGGCCGGACCCCCCCCCCGCCCGCAGCCCCCGCCUUAGAUGACCAUCGGCAGCAGCAUGAGCAGCGGGUACUGCAGCCUGGAUGAAGACCUCGAGGAUUGCUUUUUCACAGCGAAAACCUCCUUCUUCCGGAGCGCGCAGAGCAAAAUCCCUGCAAAGAAUGCAACAAAACCAGUGGAAGAGGAGAAACCUGAGCCUCCAACCAUUACCGUUCAGGAGAUUAAACAGAAAAUCGAAAAGUACAAUGCAAAGGUUACAAACUGCUUGUUGAUGAAGCUGAACGAUGAUGGAACCUACACGGGCUUCAUUAAAGUGCAUCUGAAACUGCGCCGUCCCGUGACGGUACCAGCAGGGAUCCGGCCACAGUCCAUUUAUGACGCCCUCAAAGAGGUGAACCUGGCUGACAUGACGGACAAGAGAACUUCCUUCUACUUGCCGCUCGAUGCCAUCAAGCAGCUCCACAUUAGCAGUACAACCACGGUGAGCGAGGUGAUCCAGGGGCUCCUGAAGAAGUUCAUGGUGGUGGAUAAUCCUCAGAAGUUUGCACUUUUCAAGGAAAUGCGGAAAGAUGGGCAGGUUCUCUUCCAGAAGCUCCCUCUGACGGAGUAUCCCUUGUAUCUCCGGCUGCUGGCUGGCCCUGACACAGAUGUCCUCAGUUUUGUGCUGAAGGAAAACGAAACAGGGGAAGUUGAGUGGGACGCGUUCUCCAUCCCAGAGCUACAGAACUUCUUAAUGAUACUGGACAAAGAAGAAAAGGACAAAAUCCAGCAAGUGCAACGGAAGUAUGAGAAGUUUAAACAAAGACUGCAACAGACCUUGAAAGAAGCAGGAGGCAAGCCUGGAUAACUGUUCAGGAGGCACACAGACUCAGACUAAGCUAGGUAUUAUUUUUAAAAUGAAAAGACACUUCUCAGGACACCUUCCAGUGGUCACUCACUGUCCCUCUUCAUCCUUCCAUUAUGGACUGGCACAUAGUAACCAUAAAACGAACAAACUGCAUUUUCUUCUUCUGAAACCUCUUAUCACAGGACCAGAGCCAAUCAAGGAAUGGGAAGCCCGUUUUAAAACUGUGGCCCUCCACAAGCCAACACAGCUGCUGGCUAACUUUUGGUUUUGCAUUGAACCAUCAGGUGAAGAAACAUCACGGAAAAUGCUGAGUGUUGAACCCAACAGGAACAUCUACUGGCUAAUUGUCUUGAGCAGGGUCAGCCCACCGUUCGCCCUCCUCCCGGCAGCUUGCUUUUCCUGUUCCAAGGUGCUGCAGCUGCAUUGCGUGUCUGUGUGGCAGAGGUCUCAUUUCGUAAGUAGAGCACAGGAAACAGCAGAUAAAGUGGAGGAGGUUGUUGCACCAAAUCACGUGGGCGUUGCAGCUGUAACUGAUGCCAAACAGACUGUUGUUCAGUGCUAAGUUAACCAGUGACAUGUAAAGUCAUGAUGCCAAGGCAGCUGCAACACCACAACAGUCUUUUAGUAAGUAGUAUUGAAAUUUAGUAAAGGAAAAGUCAUCUAUUUUCAUCCUAAUUAAUUUUUAAUUUUUUUAAAAAAAAGCUUUGAAGUAAAAUUAAAGCAAAUAUUCCUGAUGCUUAGCUUAGCUAGCCUGCAUUUUACCAGUCUCCUACUCUGUAGGAAUUGGGACCAGUGUUUUAAGAAAUUGUUUGAAAAGUGUAAAGAUGACGGUCGGGGCAUGGGACAAUGGUUCGGCAUAGAACAUCUAGCAAUACAUGUCUAAGAGUAACCCAGGAAAGCUCAAACACCCUUUUUACAAAUCAAGCUGAUCUUGUGCUAUGAACAGGUCAGGAACUGAGGGAGAAGAGCUCCUCUUGAGGCCAGCGUGCAGAUGUGUGGGUCACACCUGGAGCACGGGCCGCCUCUGCAGGAAACGCUUAGCACCAGGAAGAGGGAGGGAACUGUUAGCCUCAGAGGCUUUCCUCCCACUGCCAUCUUCUACCAUGUUUCCUCUUGGUACCGCUCCUCCUUGCAGUGUCCCACCAUCCCUGGUAGCAGCUCGCCUCUGCCUGUGCCACUCUGCCUGUAUCCUGUUCCAUCCGUACCCUUUCUGCAUGUACAGGAAGGUUACCAGGUUGUGUUUCGUGCUUGGAGCUAGGGGAGGAAAAAAAGCUGCUCUCCCUGUGCAGUGCUCCCGCUGCUGCCAGACACAUGCACCUCUCAGCCCUCGCAGAGAUCGUCUGGCUGGAGCUGGAGCUGGAGCGUCAGCCACUGCCCCGAGCUCAAAGCCUCCACGCCGUCACCGCUGGAGAGCAAGGGAGGCUCCCGGGAUGCCGAGCUGAGAUGGCUUCCCCAGGGUUACGCGUGAUGCUUUGUACUGAGCACACUGCACGCAGCCAGUUUCAGUCUUCCCUCUGUUUACACAGGACACAGCAACAACGCUUACCAGGAAAAUGGAAAAUUAAAACUAGCCACGUUCAGGUGGAGCCUGUGAAAUGGUUUUAUAUUGACUUGGUGACCCGAGUGUCCCUUUGAACUUGCUCUAGAAAUUGCCGUGAUUUCACCUGGGUGAAACGGGAAGGGAGGGAACAGGUUACUAGGCAGGACAGACAACUUGGAAGAGUCUAAAAUUUACCUCAGUGCCUUUUUUUCCUUAAGUGUAAAAACUUUACAUUUGGGCUAAGGAGGAAGUUGGAAGGGGCUUUUGUCAAGAGGCCUUGUCAGUCCCUGCCCACCCCCAAUACCUAAAGUACUGUCGUGAUGAGGCUGCUUUUGUCCGUAGAGGGAAGAGGAACUGUUUGCUUCUUUCUUCAAGGUAACGGUUUGGGAUAUUUUUUUUUCCAGAUUUAUACUUGAGUAUAUUUGUUAUUUUUGUUUAUAACACAUAAGAGAGCAACUGUAUCACUUCAAGCCCCUCGGUUUGUAUAAAUGCCACUUUGCAAGCUCAGUUCCAGCUCACGUUUUAGUCAGUAGUGCAGAAAGGGUUGCUCACAGGGCUACGGCCUCGGGCGUGCGGUGCUGGGCCUCCCGGCUGUACUGUAUUCUCUACCCAGAUGACCUUUAACAACGUGGCGGCAGCCCAAAUAGAGCAGCGAUUUUUCAUGCUCUGGGGCUGUGUUUGCCCAUUUGUAAGAAUACUUAUUACUUCACUGUGCACUUGUGAAGUAAUUUAAAUAACAUUUAUCUAGCGCUUUGAGUCUUGAAAGCACUGUAUAAAUACUUCUGUUCAGUCAAGAGGAAGAACGCUGCAAAAACUGCCAUUGGUUCUGAGAAGCAAGAUCCAGAAGCUUGUUUUUAAACCCCUUUGCUUUCUGGCUAAAAGUUGUAAAGGGUUUUUUUUUGUUGUUGUUUUCUACUAGAGUUUCGGUGACUGUCUCCCUCUCCCUUCCUGAAACCCAGCAUGUCUUAGACAUUUUGUAGAAGGCAUGGCUUCUUAUGCAAUUACCGUGAAUGCUGCUGAAAACCUCCUGCAAAGGGGAGGGCCGUUUCUUUUGUUUUUUCAAGAUACGGGGCAUUUGAAGAAUAGGUAGAUCUUGAAACUCAAAUUCUCAACAGUCAGUUGACCUGUGCUAAGGCACGAGUCUAGGAUAGGAGUGUUGGCCCCUUCCUUAAGCGCAAAAUACUGUUGGCAGUGCCUUUGGUUAGUAUAUUGUGUUGCCUAGUUUGUGUGAAUUUAUUUUUCAUGUCUAUUGUAAAACAUGUAAAAUAAUGUGUAUAGAAUGGAAUAGUAAAGCUUCUAUGGCAAAGUGAAAUGCAUUUUUGCAAUGCUGUAAUUUAUUUUUACUACUCCCUAGUAAUUCUAUGGCAUUUUUAAAAAAUGUCUCACUUCCAGCUUUUUUGAAAAUUCUGAAAUUACUUGUUCAUAUGCAGACAGUGUAAAAGACAAAGAUAAUAAAACUGUCAGUAAUUAAAGAAAUCUCUUCUAAUUUA